UUUCUUUUUUUUUUUUUCAGAUCAUAUCUUUUCCAGCGACCGAUCAAUCCCCUGGACGAGUGGGAAAUUCUUCGCGAGCAAAUAGAAUACGAAGAGGAGCUGGGGCGAGGAGCAUUCGGUGUAGUUUACAAAGCAAUGCUUUGGGAAAGAGUUGGGAUAGAGGUGUUUAGCACCGAGAUUUCAAAACGGAAACUGUUGUCCAGCAAGAAGCCUCGGGUGGUUGCUGUCAAGGUUUUAAUUGGUGAGACAAUCUCUUACUACUCAUUCUUGAUAUGCUCAUACCAAGGAAUGCUUGGUAUGCUCCUUUCAUAACAAAAGAUUCACGUUUACCGCUAACGGCAAACGUCAGACAAGUUCAUUUGCUUUAUGCGAAUAACCACAACUCAGCAAUAACAAUGCUUUGUAGGAAUAAUAAUUACCGCACAAAGGUGUGAUUUUUAAACUUGCACCUCCUCCAAUUACAAACCCUACCAGUGAAUAGUUCUAACAGCAAAAUUCACUGCAAAUGAUUUACAAGAAACUUAAACGAAGGCGUAUUUAAAACUGUUUUGUGAAUCAAUGAGCUUGUAUUUUGAAAACUGUGACUUUAAAUCGAAAUAAGAUCGCGGAAAGAGACCUAGUAUAAAUUUUGCGUGCGCAGUCCGUACUUUGAGGCCUACGCCGCAAUGAAAUAUCGCCGCUGCAACUGAACAUAAACGCCAUAAAAGAGCCCUUCUUUAAAAUUUUAUUCUAGCAAAAACUGUUCUCAGAGAGGUGAAUAUCAAUUAUUUUGUUUUAUAUCAGUAAGGGAGGCGGGGCCACAAAACCGUGUUUUAAACUUCGUGGGCAGUGAGGUGAAAGGACGUGUGAUUUUUUUCAGUCUUUUGUUUGCUGUUCCCUUUCAUUGUUUCGAUAGUCAUCCGAAAAUUGUCUUUUUAUAGAUUUAAAUCACACAAGUAAACAGGGCGCUCAUGUUAGAGAACUUAAGCACCAAGCGCGAGAAUUUUGCUUGAAAAGAGCAAUGAAUUAUAGGUUCCUUCUGUGAGUACCGGAGCACAGAUUACGUAAUACAAAAGUAAUAAAAGACAGGAAACAAAACAACUCCAAAUAAAGACUAAUCCCAAGUGACCAAAAAUACAAAGCUUUCCGGUACCUGCAGAAAGACCCAAAUUAUAUCAGCAAGGGUGGGGGGCAUAGAACCGUGUUUUAAACUUCGUGAGCAGUAAGGCGAAAGGAGGUGCGAUUUUUUCAGUCUUUUGUUUGCAGUUCCUUUUCAAUAUAUUAAUCGUCGUCUGAAAAUGAGCUUUCUUUUGUUUGAUUUAAAUCACACAAGUAAACAGCGAGUUCAUAUUAGAGAAGUUACGCUCCAAGCGCGACAAUGUUGCUUGAAAAGAGCAAUAAAUUAUAUCAGUUUAAAAGGAUCGGGGGCACAGAACCGUGUUUUAAGCUUCGCUGGCAGUGAGCUGGAAGAUAUUAUUUUGUUCCUUUACCAUUUACUCACGUUCUUCAAUGCAUUCAAUGGGAUGUGAUUUUUAUUCAAAGAAGUUAAUUUCUGUUCAAACAAACGACUGUAAAAUAUAACCGUCAUUUACCCGAAGGAUACAAUUUCCUGGUGCAUAAUUCAAACAGUGCGAACUCGGCAACAGAAUAUAAAGCGGGCUGUUAAAACCACUGAUCAGAGCGCCGCGAUCAAACGACCUGAAUUGUAAGUUCUCGGCUCCUUCGAUCCAAUCCGUGGUUAAUGUUCCUUUUAAUUGCUACUACGAUGUUUACCAUAAAAAAUGAAGUAUGUUUUCUUAAAAAUUGCAGCCAGUAAGCGAAGCGGAAAAUAAACAAUACGCUUCGGGUUUAUUCGUCUCAUAUCUCGUCUGUUCGAAACUUGCCUCACCCCUCACUACUGCGUCGCCCGUUUCGCCAGUCAACUAACACUCCUACCCACCCCCUAAGGUGAAACUGCUCCUUACUUCGGUCCUGCCGAAAAUUCAAAUCUCAUCGGAAAGAAGUAAUCGGUAAUGUUGAAAUUUGCCGCGCGUAAAAGCUAUUGUUUCACAUUGCUCGUUUUUGUCCUUAAAAGGCAAGAAACGGUCAAAAAUAACAAUACAAAACAACACCUAUUGUUCUCGAAUUCAGGUCGCUUUUCUUGAUACGAAAAUAGGCAGAUAAAAACAGUCCCGAAUGAUUCCUAUGGUCAAAACGGACAUAAAACUACUUAUUUUUGUGUAGAAGAAAUAAAGAGUAAAAGGGAAAUAAGGGGACAACUUGGUCACGUGGUACAAAUUCACGUUUGCCUUUUAGCGUAAACGUGAAUCUUAAUCUCCCUAUUGACACCUAACAUUGUGCAUGACAUGAUCCAUAUGUUUGGGUUGGCCACUUUACAAACAAGAAGCAAACCAGGCCCAGUUAACUUUCGCCUAGGGAAAGUAGCAACUACGACGGCGGCGGCAACGAGGACGUCAAAAAAGCAAUAGGUUUGUUGAGCAAAACAACAACUCUGCACGUGCAUCGCGCUUUUUCGUACAUUUCUUUACCGUCCUUGCACGACUAGGACGUGAAAAUGCCUAAUUGCAAGUUUUAUGGAGGACGUAAACAAGCGACGACGAAUCUAUUUUUCUCUCUCUAAACUUGAGUGCGGUCCCCAAGAAAUAAACUCCAGGGAAAUUCGACAACAUUUGCCAUUUUCAGCAAAUUGGAAUAAACGCGACGAAGAUUGAAAAAACGGUAAUUUUUGUUUAAAAGUGACGUUUUCGCUGCCGUUGCCGUCUUCGAUGCCAAGACUCGCUAGUUACUGGGGACAGGGGAAAAAUAGAUGACCUGCACGUCUCCGAUAACGAUCCCAGAAGCCUUUGCGAAAGCUAACUCGAUCCAGUAUCCUCCCCGUUUCUAAAGUGGAAGUCGAAUUUAACGGAAAAAGUACCGCGCCAGUACGUUUUGAUCUGUUUAGAUAAUCCUAGCGCAGCACAGAAAGAAGAAUUCCAGUUUGAGAUCGAGCAGAUGAAGCAGUUGGGUUCACAUCCGAACGUUGUUUCCUUGGUUGGUUGCUGCACGCUUCAGGAAGAAAAGUUCCUAGUGAUAGAGUACGUUCCUUUUGGGGAUCUGCUGACGUGGUUACGCCGUAGAAGGAACAGGGUGAGAAAAUGAAAAAAAUUCUACAAUGUACUUUGACCAAGGGUUACUGAAGGAAAAUAGUAAAAGGAUUCGUCUCUUAAGAAACGAGAAGGAACAUUCCCGGUUUUCCCCUUUUUCGAUUGCGAAAUGUUAAGAGGCUGUCCGCGUAAGAACCGAUAAGGCAAAUUUCGGUGUAUCACAGAUUGCCCUGAUUUUUUCAGUGGAAGAUAACUAUCCUAUCCCAUGAAGAAAUAUCACAUUUAUUUGGACCAACUCAAUUUUUUCUCUAUAUUACAGGAAGAUUUUCUCGGUCACCUAAAACUGACCCGUUUGCCGUCAGAAGUGGUGCGAUUUUGGCGAAACUUUAGGGCUCUGUCAAACCUACCUUACAUAGCCGAAUAAACUGAUUAUUUUACACACAAACGUUUUAACCCUGAUUAACAGUGUCGAAGUUUAAUGGUUGUAUUCUGUGGAAAGUUGGCUGAGAUAUGAUAUUUUUAAAAUGACCUUUAAUUUGCUCAGCAGGAAAAGUAAUUUGCAUAACUAGAGCUAAACGGUAAUUUCGCAAAAGUGGCACCUGACCCAGACUCAAGUCUAUAAUAAAUCAGAAGUACUAAGACCAGUCUACUUCUUAAUGCAAUAAAAUUUGUGGGCACUCUUCUCUGCGCGCUGUACAAAGUUCCGUUAAUGUUACAAAAUUCGCCAUUUUGACAGCAAAGCUGGAAUUGUAACGGUCCGCAUUUGAUCGACUAAUUUCCACAGUUUUAACCUUUCUAGUUAUCACCAAAUGUCAUUAGACCCUUUAAAUGUUGGACUUUUGAAAACAUGAGGAGAAAACUUGGUAAUCGCUUUUUCUUGGUUUUUUUCCUUGUCGACGAUCAGAACACGACUUCAUUCUCCGUAGGCAAAUUACCAUAGAUGCGUCGAUCCUUUGACAUUACACAUAGGUUGAAAACUUCUGGUUGAGGGUGUUGUGGUCUCAAUUCUUCAGCGAUUUCUGCAAAAAGGUUUUGCCUUUCGAACUCCUCGUCUUCUUGUAACAGAAAACAUCGCAAGAUAAAAUGUUAAAUAGAGAAAUUAGAAUAUCUCUGUACGUUAAGAAAAUUUUUUGCGUGAAGAAGAAAAAAGAAUGAUACUUACGUGAUGGAACAAAACUUUGACUUAUUUCGCUGGCUAUCUGGAAAUUUACGACAUGUCUUCCUGCCACAGAAGUUCUUUUGCCAGUAUGAUCCAGAGUGUGACCGGGGUAUUGACAAGACCUUAGGCUCGAUUUCCGCCGUCUCCCCGUCCGUUGGGUUUCAUUUUCCAGAACAGCGGCUGACAAUCGAGCCUAACAAGACUUGGCGCCCGCAAAAACCUGCGAAGCAGGUGUCUGUGCCUUGGGCAGAAGAAGCCCCUUCUCCGAUUUUUCCUGAGGGGAAGGGGGUCUGUACACAGGCUAUUUAAUGUCUGUGCCUUGGGCAGAUUGUCAUUUUAGUGUUAGUCUGUGUACAAACUACCCCCCUCCCCCUCCUCGUAGAAGGGGCUCCUUCUCCGAUUUUUCCUGAGGGGAAGGGGGGUCUGUACACAGGCUAUUUAGUGUCUGUGCCUUGGCAGAUUGUCAUUUUAGUGUUAGCCUAUGUACAUACUAACCUCCCCCCUCCUCGUAGAAGGGGCCCCUUCUCUGAUUUUUCCUGAGGGGAGGGGGGUCUGUACACAGGCUAUUUAGUGUCUGUGCCGUGGGCAGAUUGUCAUUUCAGUUCCGAAUACCCACCAAGCCUCGAAUACUUACUCUCGCUAAAAUGAGUUCAUUUUCAUUGCCUUUGCUACACUUGCUACACUUAGACAAGUGACAGCUGGCUAAGUGUGACGUAAUAUCAUCCAUGCACUCUGUGACCAACACUUUUUCCUCCACACCCCUACUGGGACCUCAGUCUGUCAACGAUCUCGCGGAAGAACUGCUUGAUGAAAUAGCCGAAAAAGCCAUUUUUCACAAUUGAUCUCUUCGGCGAUUUCAUUGACAUAAUAAUAUCUGAAAUUGGCACCUGCUGCGUUAUAAUUCAAUCAGAUUGAAACCAAAACAAGAUCAUCGUUGGAAUUCGGAUGUUAUACCCUUAACAAAAACUAAAAAGAUACUCCCUUUUGCGUUUAUUCACUGAAAAAAGGAACUAUUUUUCCCUUUCAAUUCUGCUACCGAUAAACGUUUUAAAGAUCUUUGAAUGAAACUGAAAUUUACUGCUAAUUUAAGAUAGAAAAAGUGUAGGGCAUUUUUUUUUUUUUUUUUUUUUAUCAUAGUGCCAUGUACAAAGAUCUGCCUUCUCCUGAUAAGCAAAUAUCAUAAUAAAGCUUUCGACGUUAACGCUAUUUUUUAAGGCACGCAAAAAAGAGUGCCCAAAAAUUUUCGUGUGCUGACAAGACGACUUACCUUGCUAGUGAACUCUUUUUUUUAUUAUUAUUAUCAAUAACUAUCAUUUUAAAAAAGAUGAUAAUAUUGUAGAAUUGAUCGACACAACGCUAUUGUUCUCUAAUCGACCACCCCUCUUUAAGAAUGCGUGACAGGCGACAACAAUUGAAUUAUUUUAAGCCACGCAAACAUAUAUCAUGAUAUAUUAUUCAGCUGCUUCUUCCUCGUUAAAAAAAAAAGAAAAAAAAAACAGACCUUAAGGGGAUUUUAAGUCAUGAUUUUUCUUUUUCUGUGGAAAGGAGAGUUAUUUUCCCCUUAGAAAUGUGAAAUGUAAGGAUUAUAUUUCCUGUCAAUUUGUUGAAACAACGAACUAAGGCUAAUUUGCAUACGAAGAAGGAAGUCACGUUCAUCGUCGACAAGAAAAAGACCCAAGGAAAAGCGAUUACUAAGUUUUCUCCACAUGUUUGCAAACGUCCAACAUUUAAAGGGUCUAAUGACAUUUAGUGAUAACUAGAAACGUUAAAGCUGUGGAAAUUAGUCGAUCAACUGCGGACCCGUUACAAUUCUGGCUUUGCUGUCAAAAUGGCGAAUUUUGUAACAUUAACGGAACUUUGCACGGCACGCAAAGAAGAGUGCCCACAAAUUUUAUUGCGUUAAGAAGUAGACUGGUCUUAGUACUUCUGAUUUAUCAUAGCCUUGAGUCUGGGUCAGGUGCCACUUUUGCGAAAUUACCGUUCAGCUCUAGUUAUGCAAAUUACUUUUCCUGCUGAGCAAAUUAUAGGUCAUUUUAAAAAAAUCAUAUCUCAGCCAACUUUCCACAGAAUGCAACGACUGAACCUUGAAACUAUUAACCAGAGUUAAAACUUUUGUGUGUAAUAUAAUCAGUUUAUUCUGCCAGGUAAGGUAGGUUUGACAGAGCCCUAAAGUUUCACCAAAAUCGCACCACUUCCGACAGCAAACUGGCUGGUUUUUAGGUGACCGAGAAAAUCUUCCUCUAAAAUAGAGAAAAACUUGAGUUGGUCCAGAUAAAUGUGAUAUUUCUUCAUGUGAUAGGAUAGUUAUCUUCCACUGAAAAAAUCAGGGCAAUCCGUGAUGGACCGAAAUUUGCCUUAUCGGUUCUUACGCGGACAGCCUCUUAAGCAUUUUCGUAUUAUUUCCCCCUUAUUUCUCCCGCUUCCCACCCUACUGGAGAACCUGCCUCCCACCCUUUCCUCUCCCGCUUUCCGUACCCCGCCUGCCCCUUAUUCUCCGGGCUUCGCACCCCACUUGUCCUCCUCAAUUUCUAUCUCCGAGUUCUUAUUAGCCUGCGUGGCAGGCGUUUGAAAGGGAAGGGAAAGCACGCAGGCUAAGUUCUCAUUUCAGAACGCUAUGGAGCUAAGCUGAGCUAGAAGCUUUGGCUUGGACCCGUUUGUUUUAAUAACUAGUACGUUUUGCUGUGGCAACAAAAUAUGACGUUAUACGUAGCAUGAGAGUAGUCAAAGCGAGGUGUUUUCACUCUUUGAUGUUGCUGAAUCUUGUAGAUCUACACAAACCAAGCCUUCAACAAAAUAUACGACGACAAAGUGGGUUUGAAAGAUGAAGGAAACGCCAAAAAUCAGGUAGGGGUAAACUAAACGCUAUGAUUGAGUUGUCUUUAAAUUGCUGUCAAAUCAAAUGUCAAAUCACAUAAUUUGAUACCAAUAAGGAACAUGUCCAGGGGGACAAUAAAACGAUUUUUGUAUGCGAUAAACAUGGCUUUGCCUAUUGAUUGGUUUUGACAGAUCAUGACCCGAGCCGGGCAUAUCCGUUCUUUUCUCGUCGGUGCCGUUUAAAGACUAUUUCCGCGUGCUCGCCACCCGCCACAGCACCCUACAGCCCGUAGUAUAAAAGAGUAUUAAAGUUACCGCAUAUGAUAUGACAGUUUAAAAUGCAGCAUUGGCCAGGCUACGACAUCAAACGUCAGUUGGCUUUCUGACAACUCAGCUCUGUAAACCAAGAGAGAAUUAUAUGGGACAGAAAGAGCAUCUUAGGACGUUGGCCGGGAUAUGUAAAUUUCACUAAAGUUAUUUUUAGAGGUUGUAAUUUGAGGGAAGUCUAGUUCCUGGGCGUCCGCAUAUUUUAAUCGAUUGUUUGAAACGACAUGAAGUCCCCCUCCGUCUGCCUCAAAGCAAAAAUGCAGAAUAUUGUAAUGGUGACUGUUGGAUUCACUUUUAAUAACACUAAUUUUUAAAAACUGAAUCAUUGGACAAUGCAAUUCUAGAGCUCUGAUUGGCUUAGCGAUCAUGGUAUAUGAGCCAUUGUACCACGCUCUUCAAAUACUGUACGCGUCUGCUCAAGAUUAAAAACGAGCUGAAAAUCGGUUGUUUUUACAAAUAAAGUCGGGAAGAAUUCUCGAUAUUUUGUGGGCGUUUUUAAUAAAACAAUUGUUCCACUCGCGCUUGUUGGAUAUGAGAUGAUUAUAGCCAACAUGUAUAUCUACCAGCUCAUAUCUGACGCGCACUUGGAAUAAUUGUUAAUUAUAUCAUUCUUUAAUCAGAAAAGAUUGCCCGAAAUCCUUGUGCCAUAUAGUUGGAUAGACCUCGCCGUGAAAGCUGGGCUGUGAUCCCUUAACUGGAAAAAGUGACCUUGGAUGGCCUGGAUUCAAAGAGUCUUUCCAAGUAGUCCCCAGAUACGUAAUCUGGUUUUCAUAUAAUUAUACACUGUAAUCUAUGUUUUUUCUCUCUAAGGUGCAAGAUAAAGAAGAGGAGAAACAAGUGAGUACGGAAGUCUCUCCGUUAUUACAAGAUGACAAAAUGUAAAAAAGAAAGGCACGACCAUUUUAUAAACUGACUAAAAUUUGGUGACCCUUUCCUUGAAAGAGCUAAAAAACUUCUCUUAUUGUCUAAUUCAACCCUAUCGGCUCUACCUCUGCAGGAUGAGGAAUUCAAAACCAUUGACGAAGACCAGCCAACGGCCCCUUCCGCGCCAAUGGAGAAUCAAAUGACGAAGGGAACGGUAAUAAUUAAUUAUUUUUUCAUUAUAUAGCUUUUUCUUUAGAGGGCUACACCUCUUUUACUGUCACUUAAAUUUUUUUUAUGAUCCCCUUCAGGUAUUCGAGAAAGUCGCAGACAAAUAAUCGGCUGCUGAGUAAGCCUCAGUUUCAUAGAAUCGUUUAAGCCGCGCUCAGUUAACAGCAUGUUAUACUACAGAGGCUAUAAUCGAAGCAACCUUUUUACUAGCACCCUGAAAAACUAUCUUAAAAGUUGGGAUCAUUUAUGGAACGGGUACAGUUUCCAGCGAUGUAAAUUAUUUUUGAUUAUCACAGCAGGACAGUUUCAAAUCCCCUUGCCUCAAAUCCUUGGGAAAGGUAAUGGCAUAAUUAAUGUAAGAGGAUGAUGCAUGUCAGGUCGAUGAUAUUUUUUUCCGCUACAUCAAUGUCGGUAAAAAAAAAGUUACAAUGCUGUAAAAACAACUUUGUUUUUAGCCUGAGUAAACAGCAGACAUUUCACGACGCCAUCACUGGUUUCCCCUCGAAAUAACGUCUGAGAAACGAACGCAGUAAUUCCAUACCGAUGAUGCGUCAUUACUCAGAUCUGGGUAGUACUUCUGAUUGGUUUGAGCAAAUUUUCAGCCAAUCAGACGCACUACCAGAUCUGGGCAGUGAUGCGUCAUCAGUACGGAAUUUUUGCGCUCAUUUCUCAGAUGUCAUUUCGACGGCAUCGCCUAAUGUCAACUGUUUUCACAGGCUACUCUGUUUUCGGAUUUUGAUUUCACACAGGAAAGCAAGGAUGCUAAGCAACAGGUAGAACAAGAGCAGACACAAACGAACGUGGAAAUGACUCUAUUAUCGCAAGAUGACGGUGACGUGAACAGAGAGGACGCGCCGGUGACCUAAAAAUUCGUUUCAUUAUAUUAAUAAGCAAGAUUACCCAACAUUUAGUCUUAACUUACCGUUUUUGAGACGGUGGUUAUUGGAAAAGAAACAAAACAAAUAAACAAACAAACAUAACUCUGCCAUUUUGUUCAUAUAUUUAGAAAGAUAGCUACACUUUUAUGGAGGAAAUAAACAAAGCUGAUAACCUUUCUUUACAUUACACCUCUGUAGUUUCUGCAUAUUUUUAAAGCAAAGCGAGCCUCUGCAUAACAACUUUCAAAGGCCACAGCCGUCUAUUACUUAAUAUUCGAUCAGGAGCCAUAAUCGGGGUAGGAGAUGGUAACUGGAUACCUUCUCCAGUAAUGCGGUUUGUUCCAUCGAAAUAGCCAAAUGUGCACAUUUUUCGCGGGGCACCGCGCAAAGGAUAAACCAACAAAAUGGCGUCAGAAAUUACCUUUCGUAGGAAAUGAAUAAAUUCUAUUUCUGUCCUCUCCCCCUACUCUUAAUUUGAGGCAAGACCUCGAGGAUAACGUCUUUGACAACAACUUUGAAUAAAAGGACUGUAAAUGUAAUUCUGAUCAUGUUAAUCACCGUAGUUGGAGUGUUUUUGACAAAUCUUGUUACUAAGAGAUGUUGGAGAUGUUGUGCGAUGAACAUCCCGUUCGGACGAAACAAAAAAAACUUGCAGGGAAAAGGAGGGCGGAAAGUUGACAACAACAACAAAUAAUUGUGUCUAAUUUUCCUCAAAUGUUUGUUUGAAUUCAUGAAAAAUACAGCUCCACCAGCUUCAAACAGCGUCUAAUGUAAUAAUUUUCCCAUUUAACUUGGCAGCUAGCGUGGCUCAGUGAUCUAGGCCGUGCAGAUGGUCCAGGUUCGACUGGUCUCCUACUCCCAUGGCUCCUGUAGUGAUAAACAGAUUUACUAUUUUCCAAUUCUUUUUACGUCUUCGUUAUUCAGCCGUGCAAUUUAUUGACUACAAAAUAAUCUACUGAUGUUUAUAAGCAAACAUUUUUUCUCAAUUUUCAUGUCCAUUUGACCCAUCUCAGACUACAAAACAGUCGUCAAAGGCACGAACUCGCGGCGUAAGAUUCUCUCGAGAAGCGAGCCUCACACGGCUGAGAGGCGUCCAUUCAGACCUUUCGUUUAGCCGCACCCCGCGUUUUCCUGAUCUACACAAAAAUACGGGUUGUUUUCCAUUCUAGACCCUUCUUGACAUGUUUUACACUAUUUGUGCAUUUAGGAUAAGGGACUGAAAGAGUCCACAAAAGAACAGUUGAACAUGACAAACAACCCACCCGUUGAAAGUCAGCACACUGUCUCGAAGCUGCCUUCAAGUGAAAGUCUCGAGGAGGAUCCACAUGACGAGGAGGAAAGCUUUUCUACUCAACAGCUCUUUAAAUUUGCAUGGCAAAUAGCGAGGGGAAUGGUAGCUACUGUAUUUGUUUACAUUUUAUCAUAUCCAACUUAAAAAUGGACACUGAUUUCAGAGGCGAACUGCAUGGAGCAAAUUGAGAAAGUAGAAUUUCUUUACCGAAAUCUACCUGCCAUUAAGAAAAGUACCAGGAUUUCCGACAAACCACUUUUGAGCGCAAAACAGCCAAAUCCGGCCAUAAAAUGCCGUAAAAUUAAAUCGGGUGAAAAAAUCGGCAAAAGACGAGUUUUAGGAAAUGAGUUUUUCCUGGAGUCUUGGUAUCUUGAAAGCAAUCGCACGAUCUGCCAACACUCUGUUUUACGCCCAUUUCGGUUCCUUGAGCUCUUGGUUUUCUUCCAGAAUAGCCUACCCUCUUUCCACAUUUUUACACAUUCACAUAUAUUCCCUUGAUGUACCCUCGUGGCAUGAAGCCGACUUAAUUCGAAAACCUCGAUCGAAAAUAAAGACAUGAUUCAAGUACCUAGGCGUGACUUUUAAAACACUGAAAAUACUAGUGGACAGGAAACCGCGAUUGUACGAUGGACAACAACUUAAGAGGACUGAGAAACAACUCAACCAUCGUCAUACAAAACAUUAUGGGAAAAUUGCAGAUCAGACGUCAGACUUUUCGUGUUAAAAGUUAUUGGCGCAUUUUAAUUCGCUGACCAUAGUUAGUAGAGGAGACUGGUUGAAACGCCGCCAAAUAUUAAAGUUGAAAACAACAGUGCGGCAGUUUACGUUAGAAGCUUCCUGACCGUGCACAAUCCUUUGUUUUUGUUUUUUGUUGUUUUGAAUAAAUUAAUGGGAAGUUUCUAUUGGUCAGUAAGUUCAAAGUUAUAGGAAUGCGAUUGAGCACUGUGCACGGUCAGGUCCAGAAAGACUAACAAAAACGUAUAACAAAGAGUGUUAAGGGCUUAACAACCAUUCCAAUUUAAUAACUAUGGCCCAACUAAAAUCGCGUUGAUUAUCCCGUGAUUAUUUAUUCUACAAAAUUUCAAAACUCAGAGCAACAAGUUAAAGAUAAAAUCGAAUAUUUCGAUCGAAUUGUUCGAAUUUCAUCAGAAAUGUAAAAUACCAGGUUAUGUACCGGAAGGUUGUUAUGCUCCCCAAGGAGAGGAUUUUAGAUGGCUGGGAGGUCCAGUCCCUCGUCCCUAUUCACAGAGGGUUUUCUAAAUUCGGGUUUCCGUGAUGGUGUUAUUUUUGUCAGAUAGAACUUUAACAUUGUGUGGGUUGAUGUUGCGACCGCCGUUGCUCGGCAGUGUUCAAAAACAGCAGACGUUUCACGGGAUUGGUGUUCUUUGAUCUGGGUACAAAGGGAUUUUGGAAGAAUUCUGUAUAAGAAGUUUGGCUUGUACAAAGUGUUGGUGUCUGAAAUGACGGCUCUUCCUUGAUUUAGUAAGCUAUUAUUAUGUGCAGCUAAAAUUUGAUUUCCCUUUCUCUACCUUUGUAAUUAGAAUCAUCUUGCCGAAAAAAACCUUGUUCAUAGAGACCUUGCAGCUCGUAACGUCCUUGUUGGCCGUGACAAUCGGGUGAAAGUGUCUGACUUUGGGUUGAUGCGACAAAUCUAUGAAGAUGUGAAUAGCUCAGGAAGGUGUAAGAAACUUCCCAUCAAAUGGAUGGCUCCAGAAUCACUUUAUCAAGGCACCUUUACCAUCAAGAGUGAUGUGUGAGUAGAAUAAGACUUUCAAUUUAACGCUAGACUAUAGAUCUCAUCGUAUGAGUCUCGUAUAGAUUAACUUACUUUUAAUAGUCUUCUUCGAACUGACCUUUUCAUCCCCGACGACCGACCUCGUCCCCAGGACUUUUCCCUUAAAAAAUGGGUGGGACGCCCCACCCAUUUUUUAAGGAAAAAGCCCUGGGGACGAGGUUGCCCGGACAACGUAUACGUAAAAUUUUCGUGGAAUAUCUUUAUAAGUUCUCGAACGCCAUAGCAUUAUAGCAAAGUCUGGGUUCAAAUUUUGCCAGCUGAUUUACAUUAGUAGGAUUUCGAAGGCCUCUGUAAAACUAACCUAGAAAAGGCAAAGCAUGAAUGCCCCUCCACAAAAUCUUCUUAGUCUUGACCAUCUGACUGUAUCGCUCACAGUAACCGAUUUUGUUGCUUUCUUUUAUAGCUGGUCCUACGGCGUACUUCUGUGGGAAAUGGCCACACUGGGUAAGGAUACUUAA